UGAUAUGGUAAACCUUUUAGCACUAUGUGAAGUAAUUACUCGACAUUUUUCUGGUGCAAUGUAUCCUACUAUCAGUUUAAUAUAUCCUUAUAUGCAGUUAUUAAAACAAAAAUUUGCCCCAACUGGUAAUAAUACAAUAAAUGAUUACAUGAAUUUAAUAUAUGGACCAGAGGAUAUAGAUACAACUGAUAAAACUGAUAAUAGUACUAAUAGCAAUAUUGAAGAUUCUGAUGCUA